AUGCGCCCCGUCGCGGCUCUGAGCUCAACGCCCUGGUGCGGCGGUCGCCCCUCGCCGCGGCUCGCAGGACUGCUUCUCCAGCCCCGUUGCCCAGUCCGCCAGUCGUCAUCCAGCUCGCGCUGGAAAGAGCGCCAAGGACGGGACUCGUUUGCGCGCGAGGCCAAGGUGCAAGGGCUGAAGAGCAGAGCGGCGUUUAAGCUUCUCGAGAUGGACUCCAAGUACAGGCUUUUCAAGCCUGGCCAAACAGUGGUGGAUCUGGGAUAUGCCCCCGGGAGCUGGUCGCAGGUCGCCCGGGAGCGAACCCGGCCCCACGGCCUCGUCAUUGGCAUAGACCUGAUACCCGCCCAACCUCCGCAGGGCGUGGCCACCUUCCAGGGAGACUUUCUAUCGCCAUCUGUUCGGCAGCUCGUCAAGGAGUUCAUCCACCGCACGCAGAGCCAGGCGCCUCUCAAGCAGGACGCCGCCGACGCCGCCGACGAGGAGGAUCCCCUGAGCCAGCCUCUGGACCAGCCCAGCUACAUCGACAAGGAGCGGCACGCGAGCGAGGCGCAAAGCCCCGAGGGACACGCCGCCCCCGCAGCGUCGUCAGUAGAUGUCGUUCUGAGUGACAUGUUGAUGAACACGAGUGGCGUUGCGUUUCGCGACCACAUGGGCAGCAUGCAUCUCUGCACCGCGGCGCUGCAGUUUGCAAGCGAUACGCUGAAGCCGGGCGGCCACUUUGUCUGCAAGUUCUACCAGGGGGCGGACGACAAGCUGCUCGAGGGGAACCUGAAAAGGAUGUUUGCGAAAGUGUUUCGGGAGAAGCCCGACUCGUCGAGAAGAGAAAGCAAAGAGGCGUAUCUGGUCGCGCUGAAGAGGAAACGGGGGGUUUUGCUGGAACCGGAAGAUGCACCUUGA